GGUUAACCAGAUAAUUCAUUUAGGGGUGGGAAUAGAAAACAGUCAGAAGUUAUUCUGCCGUCUUUUCUCGUUGCCCGCCCGCCUUCAGUGACUUCAAUUCAUUCAUAGCAGGACUCAGUAUGGAGGAGACGACGCAACGAGAGAAACAAGACUCGGAAUAUAAAAGCCAGAAUGAGGACCAAGGAGGAAUCCGUCGGCGGCUGCGUGACAGAGACCUGCUCAGGAAGAGAAAAGCCGAAGCAGAGGAGAAGGAAACUAACCAGUGGGUUUUUGGGGUGGAGAGCCAAAGGAAAAGAUCAAGAGCUGAGGACAAGAGUGGCUCAAAGAAAAGAGGGAGGCCAAGGAAGAGUGAACCCACGCCUCAGAUAACUGCUGUCCAGGAAGAGGCAGCGGCGGCCCAGGAUGCCCCUGCAGUCGUGGUCAUACCACAACCAGCAGAGAUCGUCUCAGAUCAAAUAACGGGCUCUCGUACUCCCCUGCUUCCGGUGGAAUCGCAGCCAGCUGCUGUCCUUGCCGUCCCUGCUCCUGCACCACUGCUUGAGUCUGUCCAAAGCCCCGUCUUUGCCCCCACCCUGACUUCUCCUCCUCCAGUUAAGCCACUUCUAGAUACAGCUCCAGCUCCAGGUCCAGAUGCCGUUAAGGCUCCAGCUCUGUCCCGAGAACCCGUUCCAGCUGCAGCUCCUGCUCCUCUCGCCGCUCCUACCCGGGUUGAGACCUUUUACAAAGAGCCACAAAGAAAGGAGGCCCUCGACCAGGUCUUGAUUGAGGACCUGGGCCCAGAUGAGGAAGAAGACAUCUCUCCAUCGCAAGACAGAAAAGAUGAUGAAGGACUGAGUGAAUCAUUGUCGAUCAACGUACCUGAACAAAAUAAAAUGUACUCAUUUCCAACCUUGUCCACGGCAACUCUGCCACAGGAAUAUCUUCCGGGAAAUUAAUUGUAAUUUUUCUCCAAUACACUGUUCAGAUAUUGCUUCACUUGCAAAGCCAGCCUCAUGACUCGUUCCUUUUUUUGGUCACAGUUUGUAUUUGAGUAUUAUUUUGGUUAGCGUGCACUCUAAUGCACUGCUUAUUUGAACAAACGUAUGAAUUCAAACUAAACCUGUAUUGCUUAUUUAUUCUGGUGUGUGCUUCAGUGCAAAGUUUAGGAAUUCUUUUAUUUUUUUGUACUUUGCAUUCAGUAAACAAAAACAUUAGCUUGCUUUAGUUUCAAAGUAGAAGACAUGAAUUACUGCUAAUUAUGUUGUAAAUGUGAAUUUAUUUUAAUUGAAUUUUGUAAUUAUUCAUCUAAUAAAAUUCACUGCUUACAUCA